AUGGGCUCAAAGGGCUGCGUCCAAGGAUCCAUUGGAGGCCCGACGUUCUGGAAUCUUCUUCUCGACCCGCUACUGUAUGAACUGGACAGACGAGACAGCCAUUGCCAAGCCUUCGCCGAUGACGUAGUGCUCGCAUUCGAUGGGCACGACGUCGGAAAAAUACAAGAAAAGGCCAAUGAAACGCUGGCCUACGUGAGGGAUUGGGGAGUCCGUAACAAACUAAAGUUUGCGCCCCAUAAAACGAAAGCCAUGGUAAUAACACGAAAGCUUAAAUACGACUCCCCGAUCCUCCAUAUGGGAGGAGUUAACAUUGGCCUGGAAAAAGAAAUAAAAAUUCUGGGUGUCACGAUCGACAGCGGGCUGACCUUCAAUGCUCACAUCGCCGAGGUUUGCAAAAAAGCAGUAGCCUUAUACAAUCAACUAUCCCGGGCGGCGAGGUCGCAGUGGGGACUGGGGCCAGAAAUCAUACAACUACUGUACACGGCGGUGGUAGAACCGAUAGUCCUGUACGGUGCUAGUGUAUGGGCCCCGGCCUCACGAAAACUCGGCGUGAGGAAGCAGCUCGCUGUCGUCCAAAGAGGAUUCGCACAAAAGCUCACGAGGGCCUACAGGACCGUUUCGCUAAACUCGGCCCUACUACUCGCUGGGAUCUUGCCCCUCGAUAUUCGUGCAAGGGAAAACGCCUCCCUGUACGAAAUUAAGAGGGGCUUCUCUCAGCGAGUGGUGGGAGAUCGGGAAGUGGAACGGCCUGUGACUUUCGGAGAGCUCGAGCAUCCGGCGCAGAGAUGCACGAUUGCAUAUCGAUGCCUGGCGGACCGUGCAGAAGUGAGUCAAGCCAUAACCGACCAAGGACUCACCAUAUACACAGAUGGUAGCAAGAUAGAAGACAAAGUCGGAGCGGCGUUCUCUGUGUGGGAAAACGCCGCCGAGACUAAAACAAAGAAACUAAGGCUUGACUCCUCCUGUACGGUCUACCAGGCGGAGUUGCUGGCACUGCAUCGGGCGGUCGAAGAGGCGGCCAAAAGCGCGGCAGUGAAGUGCAGUAUCCUGCGCGACUCGCGAGCCGCACUGGAUACUGUCUCCGACAGUGUUUCCCUCCAUGCCCUAGCGAUGAGCAUAAGAAAACACCUUAAAACGAUGAAGGAACAAAAUAAAACAGUUAACCUAUUCUGGAUAAAAGCUCACGCAGGAUUGGAGGGGAACGAGCGAGCAGACGAGCUCGCGAAGGACGCUGCACUUCACCUGAAAACAAGGCCGAACUACGACAGCUGCCCCGUCUCAUUCCUCAAACGGCAGAUCCGCCUGGAGUCGAUCGAGGAAUGGGACGGGAGAUACAGGGAAGGCGAGACCGCCUCGACCACCAAACUGUUCUUUCCGAGCGCUGUGAAGGCAUACCCCAUAAUUAAGAACAUCCCAACGGACUCACAUAUCACGCAGGCGUUCACGGGGCAUGGCGGGUUCUCCGAGUACUUGCAUUGA